UGGCGCCUGCCACUUUCCGUUCGUGGAUGCCGUGAAGGACUGGGACUCGAUGAUUUGUGAGAAGAGUUUCUGACUGGGCUGAGCUGUCAUUAUCAACGAAGCGAAUCUGAGCCGUGAAGAUUCCUCUAUUCUCUCCCGAGUUCCAUCUGUUGGUGAUGCCUUGCGCGGAUGUCAAAUCGCGAUUCCCCCCAUGAGAUUUGAAUCGCAUCAUUGGUCAUAUGUAACGAAUUCAACACACCACCUCGCCCAUGAUAUAUGCCGGACUCGCCGCAACUCUAAGGGCGCUGGGGUCCUUUUCACUUGGCCGGUUUUGACAUCCUGCCACCGCUCGUCACUCUGAUUAGAAAGGCAAUACAACGCAGCCUUGAAUCGCCGCGGCUUUGAGACUCAACACAAGAUGCCGCUCCGAAUCACGACAUGGAACGUCAACGGUAUUCGAAACCCGUUCGGGUACCAGCCGUGGCGGGAGAACCGCACAUUCCAGGCCAUGUUUGAUACGCUGGAAGCGGACAUCGUCGUCAUGCAAGAAACCAAGAUUCAGCGGAAGGAUUUGAGAGAUGACAUGGUUUUGGUCCCGGGCUGGGAUGUCUACUUCAGUCUUCCCAAGUACAAAAAAGGAUACUCGGGUGUGGCAAUCUAUACCCGAUCCUCCAAAUGCUGCCCGAUUCGUGCAGAAGAAGGCAUCACCGGCGUUCUCUGUCCGCCAAACUCGUCUACCAAGUUCCGGGACCUCCCUGCAGACCAACAAAUCGGCGGAUACCCGGCCCCUGGCCAACUCUCUGACUCCGUCGACGAACAGACUCUUGACUCUGAAGGUCGUUGUGUGAUCCUGGAGUUCCCUGCCUUUGUUCUCAUCGGUGUUUACAGCCCGGCCACCCGAGACGAGACAAGGACUGAGUUCCGCCAGGCCUACAUCGAUGCCAUCGACAUCAGAGUCCGCAACCUUGUUGCCAUGGGGAAGCAGGUAUUUCUCUGCGGCGACCUCAACAUCAUCCGCUCCGAGCUGGACACCGCUGGCUUGCCGGAGCGCCUACGGAAGGAGGCCAUGACGCUUGACGACUUCUUCUCCACUCCGUCGCGGCGCUUCUUUAACCACCUUGUUUAUGGAGGGCAUGUCAUUGGCGAGAGAGAUGAGGGCCGGGAGGAGCCUGUGCUCUGGGAUCUCUGCAGAGAGUUCCAUCCCACUCGUGCAGGUAUGUACACCUGCUGGGAGACCAAAAAGAAUGCACGACCGGGCAACUUCGGAAGUCGGAUAGAUUACGUGCUAUGCAGCUCUGUAAUCAAAGACUGGUUUAUCGACGCCAAUAUCCAAGAAGGCCUGCUUGGAUCCGACCACUGUCCCGUGUACGCUACAAUUGGUGACACUGUCAGUUUGAACGGCACCAAGGUUCACACUGAGGAUAUCAUGAACCCGGCAGGCAUGUUCAAAGAUGGCCAGCGCCAGCGAGAAUGGACACCAAAGGACCUCCUUCCCACGUCGGCGAAGCUUAUCCCUGAGUUUGAUCGCCGACAAAACAUUCGAGACAUGUUCUUCAGGAGACCCGCCCCAUCGAAUUCCAAGCCAAGCUCAACAGUCUCUCAAGGAACCAUUACCGCCACGGAUGCCAUACAGGGCGAAGUGAAUGGCGAAGUCCGAAAGGCCAGCGUUGUUUCCCUGCCACCGUCAUCCGCUCGAACGACAUAUCUCACGACCGAUAUCGACACAACAUCAAGCAACGACGCAUCAAUACCUCCCCAGAAGCCCCUCCCGCUUAAGCGGCAAGCAGAAGCCUUGACGCCUCCAAGCCGACCUCAGAAGAAGGGGAAAGGUGCGCUCAACAGAGAGAACUCUGCCAAAUCGAUGUCAGGCUUAUCACAAAGCAGCCUGAAAGGCUUCUUCAAGCCAAGGACCCCUACGCCAGACGUUAACCCUGUCGCCGAGGCAGAUGGCAACACGGAUACGGCCGCCACCCCGAACAAAUCGUCUGCUGAGCCGAGUUCAGAGCAUGAUCGUCAGCCAGGUCUACUCACCGGCGAAUCCUCCACGGGGAAUGACAUCGUGGCAGCGGUUGAGGAAAGCCCAAAACCUGAGAGCUCGUCCACAGAAAAGGUGUUUGAUCCAAUCCAGGCAAAGGAGUCCUGGUCGAAACUGCUCGGCAAGCGCGUGGUCCCAAAGUGCGAGCAUGGUGAGGAUUGCCAGAUGCUGGUGACUAAAAAGGCCGGCAUCAACUGCGGUAGGUCCUUCUUCAUGUGUGCUCGUCCGUUGGGCCCGUCUGGAGACAAAGAGCAGGGAACCGAGUUCCGUUGCCGUACGUUCAUCUGGAGCAGCGAUUGGAACGGUCGGCAGUGAAGCGCUUUGGGAAAGGAGGAUUGAUUGCCUUGCAUGGCGGCUCGGCUGCGACUUGCAUACACACGCACUUGGUCUUCCGUCGGUCGGUCGUUCAACGAUCGUUUCGCAGGAUGGUUACAACGACGAGUUGCUGGUCUCUCAGGCAUUGGUUCUUGAGGUCUCAGCUGCCGCAGUGGCAUACGGACCCGCUUGAGUUGUCUCUUAGUUCUCG